CAGCUCUCAAUUCCAAUCUCCCAUCGCAAAACAAAUCCUCCCCCGAGCAGCGAAUCCCAGGAGCAUCACCUGCUACCAGCAAUGGACGUCUCCGGCGCUGCAGCGAAGGGGAAGAAGGGCGCGGCCGGGCGCAAGGCCGGCGGCCCGAGGAAGAAGUCGGUGACGCGGUCCGUCAAGGCCGGGCUCCAGUUCCCCGUCGGCCGCAUCGGGCGCUACCUCAAGAAGGGCCGAUACGCCCAGCGCGUCGGCACCGGCGCCCCCGUCUUCCUCGCCGCCGUCCUCGAGUACCUCGCCGCCGAGCUGCUGGAGCUCGCCGGGAACGCCGCCAAGGACAACAAGAAGAGCCGCAUCAUCCCGCGCCACCUGCUGCUCGCCGUCAGGAAUGACGAGGAGCUCGGCAAGCUGCUGGCCGGCGUCACCAUCGCGCACGGCGGCGUGAUCCCCAAGAUCAACCCGGUGCUGCUCCCCAAGAGGACCGCGGAGAAGGAGGGCAAGGAGCCCAAGUCUCCCAAGAAGGCCACCAAGUCCCCCAAGAAGGCCACCAAGGCUUAGAGCGAUGCGUUCCAUAUCGUAGAUUGUUGCAGUGCUCUUCGUAGUCGCCCGGUGGUGUUCCUGUAGCGGUGUCGUUUUAUCUUGUAGUAAUGUGCAUGUUUAAUGGAAGAACGUCAGAAAUCUCUCUGGCUUGCCCAAA